ACCGCCUGCUGUUGACAGGAACUUCCGGUUCAGAUAUCUAUUUGAUUUCUGGCGGUUCGUUUUGAACGUCUAAAAACGCAAAAGAUAUGAUACGUUGUAUUAACUUUUAACGAAAAACCGUUUUGUCCACACGAUGGACGCACAAGCCAGAUCUGUUCUAUAUCGGAUAUUUCGGAGAAUACCGAACAGAAAUAUAGAAAACCUUCUGAAGAGAUGGAAUUGUUUAUCAGCAGAUCAGCUGCGCGCUCUGGAUUACACGAGACCCAAAUGGAUGAUAGUAGAACAUGUCAUCAGCUUCUGUGAGGAGAGCAGACUUAGCCUGAAGCACAUCACUAAUUUGGAAAUGAUCUAUCAUAUAGAAAACCCUGAUCAAGGCAUCUGGCAUGCAUGUCAGCUUACUGAGGCACAAGAUGAUGCAGUUUGUGUAGAGUUGACGCAGUUUAAAGAGCAGUUUAAAGCACACUUGCAUGGGGUCAUUCGGCAUAUUUCCAUUAAGAUGAAGAAACAUGAGGAUGAGGCUAUAUGGAUUCGGAUUGCCUGGGGAGACAACUUCAGCAAACCCAACCACCUUAAGCCAACUUAUGUUGUGCACCACCUGCACACUUCCUAUGUGUUUAUAUCCAACCUCAUGGCCAAACACAAGAUCUUUCUAUUUCAGGCAUUAGUAAUAGCCACAAAACAUGGCUCUAUAAAGGAUGGCCACCUGAGCACCAAGAGUCUCACUGCAAUGAGGGACUUGCUUCUGAGACGUUAUCAGCAGGUUUUUCCAAAUGCUCACUCAAGGAUCCUACAAGAAAGAAACAGUCUUCCAUCACACCCCUGUAUUGGAAAGGAACACAGAGAACACGAAGAGAGAAGACAUCAGAUGGCCUGUGAGGUGUUUGGACACGGCCCUACACCAAAGCUAGAAACAGCUGUGUAUAGACUUGAGACAAGGUACAGAGGAAAUAGCAACUACACCCUCAGUGAAAAAGAGGAGUUCUUCAGAGGGGUGGUCAAGUUCUCAAGCAGCAGUCUGUUAGAGUCCUUACGCCACUGUGUCGCUUCAGGCAUGGCUGAAGGUCCUGUCACUCCGCUAUUGUCUGCCAUUACUCAGAGAGGAAGGAAUUAUUUUGUUAUCACAGACAAAGGCCCUGGUGUUUCCAGCCAAGCAUCAGCACAGAGAGCCUGAUGACAACUGACGUUGCAGAGGAAAAUUAGUUUAACUAGGAUGUGCAUACAUGAGAAUAUAUUGUGCCAUCUGUAUCUUACAAAGAUGAUAACAUUAGAGUAGCCAUGUCUAUAGACUUGAUGUCAUCAGUAUUGUCCCUGAGUAUGUAAUGAUCAACAGGGGGAGAAUGUUUUUUAAAAUUACAAUUAACCAUGGUAAUACAGCAUGUAUUAUUUUUAGUGUCAUUUUUAGCAUGAUUUUAAAUAAAGUUUUUGAUUAAAAAAAAAAAAUUAUAUAUAUUUUUUUGUAAUAAGUUCUUUUUAAUAUUAUACCUGAGUUUAGUAAUUAUGAAGGCAUUAAGUGUGCAAUUGCAAAAAAUAAAAGGUUAUAAAAUUGGUACAAAAUCAGACUAAAGGAUUUGUUCACUUUAAAAUGAAAAUUACCCCAAGAUUUACUCACCCUCAAGCCAUCCUAGGUGUAUUUGACUUUCUUCUUUCUGAUGAACACAAUCGGAGUUAAUCCUGACUUGUCCAAGAUUUAUAAUGGCAGUGAACGGGGGCAACAAGUUUGAAGCUCAAGAAAGUGCAUCCAUCCAUCAUAAACGUGUACUUCACAUGGCUCCGGGGGGUUAAUAAAGGCCUUCUGAAGCAAAGCGAUGCGUUUGUGUAAAAAAAAAAAAUCCAUAUGUAACACAUUAUGAAGUAAAAUAUCUAGCUUCCGCCAGACCGCUUUCCGUAUUUAACUUACGAAGAAAUAAAGUGCAACGUCUCUCACAGUUCAAAACGCUUACGUCCUACGCCUUCCGUAUUCAACUUACGAAGAAAAUGUAAAGCCUCUCAUAGUUCAAAACGCUUCUGCUAUGUCCUAUGUCUUCCGUAUUCAACUGUUCAAGUUCUGUAAGUCUGUAAGCCUUUAUUAACCCCUCAGAGCCACUUUCUUGAGCUUCAAACUCAUUGUUUUCCAUUCACUGCCAUUAUAAAGCUUGGACGUGUCAGGAUAUUUAUUAAUAUAACUCAGAUUGUGUUUAUCAGAAAGAAGAAAGUCAUAUACACUUAGGAUGGCUUGAGGGUGAGUGAAUCUUGAGGUAAUUUUCAUUUUAAUGUGAACUAAUCCUUUAACCGACUUUCAUGCACAUACGAUCAGGAAAUCAAUAUUGUAUGACAGGAUUCAAUAAUAUUGAAAAUUCAAAUUUCUAUUACACUUGCUAUUUUGGGUUACACUUUAAGGUGUCUUUUUUACAGUGUAGUUAUACAUUUAUAUACUGAUUAAUAUUAAUUAACAGUUAGGAAAAAGGGUUGGUUUAGGGUUAGUUGCCUGUAAUUAUGCAUAAUUGUUAUUACUACAGUAAGUACAUGUAACAUAUAUAACAAGGACACUGUAAAAUGAAGUUACUCUAUUUUGUAUCAUAACCUGAAACACAUGGUUUCCUUUACAAUACCAUAGUUACAAUUAUUGUUGCUAAAAAUAAAACUUGAAAUCUU